AUGGACAGUGCAUUCCCGAAGCGUCCCUCCUUCGUGAGAUACGGACCAUACACCUAUGAUGACUACGGAGUCACCGUAGCAAACAUCCCCAGAGCAUCAUCCCAGACGCUGGCAACACUCUUCCCCACGAAUCCGGUCACUGCACCCAGCAGAAGGCCCGUGAAGCGGUGGAUAGCUGCCCAGCUCCAACACUUCGGCAUCCCCUAUCAGCCAUCUAAUACUAUAGCUCAGCUGCUGGCUCUCCUUGAAAGAGAGUACAAAGACGGAAAGUGCAGCUACGAGUCGCCUUCGGUCCGCCUUCUCGACAAAACCAUGUACGACAUGUACAAUGCCGUGCAGGAGGCCUAUCAGCAGCAAAAGGCUGAGUGGCGGAAGAAGAAGUUCGCUCGUCAGGUCUCUCCUUCUGACGAAGCUCUGUUCGAUCCUUUUCUUUUUAUGGCCAAGUACUUCCUCGACAAGGAGAACGGAGUGCCGGACAAAUCCAAGCAGACAGAGGCCAUUGUCUUGCACAAUGUUUAUAACCAGCAGUUCGUGAGCACGGCUCUCUCCAUCCCCGGUCUGAGCUUCCACAUCAGCCACCCGGCCACCGUCAUCGGAUGGGCAGACACCUUCGAAGAAGGCUUGGAUGCAGGCUUCGCCAGUCUGUCACAGAACCACGUCAAGGAAUAUGUGCCGACCUUUGAGGCGAACUUUGAUCACUGCCGCUUCCUGGCCAAGUAUUUCCUGUCGCUUGACUAUCCCUAUGAAAUGGGUGUCCCUGCUCGUGACAGAACCGUGGAGCCCGUGCAGCUUAUGCCCCAGCUGUAUUUCGACGUGCGCGAGAAACUCAGAAAGGAAGUGGCCAAUAUCAACGGUCUUUUGAUCGCGACUACCCCCGGUCGAGGCGGUACCUGGACACUUAUUACCUGGAGCGAGUACGCAGACAAGCUCACCGGUGUAGUCUCGAAGAUCCACGCCGCCAGUAUGAAUGAGAAGAUGUACGACGAUACUCUCAUCUCUCUGGUGUGGCAGUCCAAGCUCAGUCGCCAUACCCUGUUCAAGCAGUGCGUGAAGCCCAACAACAACACUUCGGCGUUGAGAUUGAGCCAGCUGCAGGGCCAAUAUGUCAUCCGCUGCAACGCCAUCGAUCCCUGGGGUUACGAGGACUUCUCUCUCGACAUCAACGCACCCCGUCGCAACGAUCCCGCCGCGCGCGCAACCUUCUCUCUGGGAAAACUGCAGGGAGCUAUGAUCCUCGCUCUAGACUGCGACAAAGUGGACCAGAUGCGCAAGAUCGUGGAAAAGAAAAGCACCGCCACUCAACAUAGCACUCCCGAGUCCGAUGAUGAUAAUGAGAUGGACGAACACUUGACCGUCCACCGAUUCAGAGACGACGAUGCUAAGUGGCGAGUCUACCUCCAGUACGCAGGUACCUGCAACGGUCUUAACCAGGUCGAUGAGCACAAUGAGCAGGUCGGGUUCAUUGAUUUCAACGUUGACCCUGAGCGAAGCGACGAUGAUGAAGAGAAAGCUCUGGGCUAUGGUCUUGCGUACGGACGCGGUCUUAUCGUCGGUCCUAAGUAUAUGACUUCGCGCAAGAGCGACAAGGGCGAGAUUCUGGAGAUUGAGGUCUUCAAGUGGACUGGUGAUACCGUCCGAGUCGCGGCUGAGUGGAAUGCGUUUAACUUCUGGGGUGGAUUUGAAGCCCGAUUCAGAGUUGGUGAGAGAGCUAUGACUAUGACCAAGGGGUAUGAGCUUUAG